AGCCGCGCCGCGUGGGGACUCGCGCCGCCCUCCGCGCGCCGCCCUGGGCUCCGCGCGGCCACGCAGGGCUGAAGGCGCGCCCGCCGGCCAUGUCGAAGAAGAGCGGAGCCGGGGAGAUCUCCCAGACGGUGGACGAGAGCAACAAGCUGCGAGAGAAGCUCGGCAUCAAGCCCCUCGCAAAGGAGGGCGAAAGCAAGAGCAAAAAGGGCACCUCCAACGACCCGGUGCACGCGCCGGCCAACGCGAGCAAGGACGAGGGUCCCUCGGCCGCCGAGGUGAAGAGGCGCACCGCUGCGGCCAAGACGCGCCGCGAGCACGCCGAGCUGGUCAGCGGCGAGGGGCUCGGCGACAUCCUCGCCAGGGAGGAGAAGGGCGGUGCCUCAGACUGGGUGAGCAAGACCCGCAACAGCGACGGGUCUAUGAAGGCCACGGGCUCCGUCGCGGCCGCGGACGCGAAGAAGAGAAAGGCAGAGGCGGAAGCGGUCACCGCGCCGAAAAUGAAGGUGAGACACGACGCUUCGAAGAUAGGCGAGGGCGAGACCGUCGUCAUGACCCUCGCGGACAAGCCGCUGCUGGACAAGGACGGGAACCUCGCGGGCGGAGAGGACGAGCUGUCGAACGUUAGGA